GGCCUGACCGGAAGUAGGCCGCAGUGUGGUUCACCGACUCCCACAGAGAUCCAGUUGGGAUUUCUCCCGGAGUUCUCCGCUGCUCUCCCGCCGGGCCCAACGAUGGCCUCUGGAACAGCCCUCCUCUAUGAUGAAGCCAUGACCCGGGUGGAGCUGCUUUGGGACGACCCCAUCUGCGCCAUCGAGGUCCCCGAGCGCCUGUCGUCUUCCUACGAGAGGCUGCGGCGGCACGGGCUGGCCCAGCGCUGCGUCCGCCUCCCGGCCAGAGACGGGACCGAGGAGGACGUUCGGCUCGUGCACAGCCCCGAGUACCUGGAGGUGGUCAAGGCGACCCAGACGAUGGGCCAGGAGGAGCUGCGGGCCCUGUCGCAGCGCUACGAUGCCGUUUACUUCCACCCGGCCAGCUACCAGUGUGCCCGGCUCGCCGUGGGGGUCACCCUGCAGCUGGUGGACGCCGUGCUGACCGGAGCCGUGCGCAACGGCAUGGCGUUGGUCAGGCCCCCAGGACACCACAGCCAGAGAGACGCUGCCAACGGGUUUUGCGUGUUCAACAACGUGGCCAUUGCAGCCCGGCACGCCAAGGCCAGGCACGGCCUGGAGAGAAUUCUCAUCGUGGACUGGGACAUUCACCACGGUCAGGGCACUCAGUACCUGUUCCAGGAUGACCCAAGCGUCCUCUACUUCUCCUGGCACCGCUACGAGCACCAGCGUUUCUGGCCGCAGCUCCGAGAAUCCGACUUCGACGCCGUGGGGCAGGGCCGCGGCCGAGGAUUCAACGUCAAUGUGCCCUGGAAUGAGGUGGGAAUGGGGAAUGCCGACUAUCUGGCCGUAUUCUUCCACGUUCUGCUGCCGCUGGCCCUGGAGUUCAACCCCGAACUGGUCUUGGUGUCCGCGGGCUACGACUCCGGGAUCGGGGACCCCGAGGGAGAGAUGGUCGCCACGCCAGAGUGCUUUGCACACCUGACCCAUUUCCUGCAGCCACUGGCGGGGGGCAAGCUGUGUGUUGUCCUCGAGGGCGGAUACCACUUGCUGUCGCUGGCGGAGUCUGUCUGCAUGACGGUCAGGACUCUCCUUGGUGACCCCCUGCCCCCGCUGCCGGGCAACAUGGAGCCGUGCUUCAGCGCCCUGGAGUCGAUUCAGAAUGUACGAGCUGCCCAUGCCCCAUACUGGACGUGCCUCAGGCAGAAAGGCGCCAUCCCGGAACGGGAGUCCGGACCCCCGGAGCAGACGUCGGUCCCCCCGGGCCAGGAAGCCGAACCCAGAGACGCCGCCAGCCUCGUGGAGGAGGCCCUGGCCACUCUGAGGACCGGCCUGCUGGGCCCCAUCCCUCCGAUCCGCACGGCCGCCGGGCUGGCCUCCGGACCCGCGGGGUGGCCCCUGCCCUCGGCCGUACACCGGGAAGAGGGGCCUGCCGGCGGAGGGGACGCUGCGGCUUUGGCCAGUAAAGGUGAAGCCCAGUUUGGAGACAAAGAUGCCUGUGAGUCUCUUGGAAAACUCCUGGCCAUCUUGGACAAAAUCCUGACAAAGCAGGUCCGCAACGGAAUCGUCACGACGCCUGUGGCUUCUUCCUCUUCUGCCGUGGCCAUCCAGCGCUGCGUCGACUCCGGACUUAAGAGGGUGCUCUGCGUCGCCGUGGGAGACCUGGAUAUCGCCACAGACCUGAACGAAGAGGGCCAAGCCCUCCUGAUUCACGUCGGAGGGGCCGACGGGCCCGGAACCAGCCCUUCCAACUACCGCGUCCCCCUGGCCUGGAAACAGGGCGCCGAGGACAGCGGCUUCGCCCUGGCAAUCCCCGGCCUCCUCCUCCCCGUGGCUUAUAGCUACCGGCCCGACGUGGUAGUCCUGGCUUUGGGGGCUGGCACCGACCUGGACCGAGGGGAGACUUGGCUGCUCACCAGCUUGCUGCAGGGCGUUGCCCAGGGCCGGCUCCUGGCCGUGGUCCAGGAUUCGGAACUCCCCUAUGUGGAGACGCUGACUGGAGCCCUUCUGGGGGCCCCCCCACCCGCCCUGGGCCCCCCCAGACCCACGUCCCCCCGAGAACGUGCAGGCCCUGGAGCAGCAACGGCAACGGCUGCAGCAGCAGUGGAGCAUGCUGCGGCGCUCGGUAAAGUAAGCGCGACCCGUCUCCUCUCCUCCCACCCCCACCACCGUUCGGACCUCCACGGCCACAGGACAGCGAAGCCCGGCAGGCGCCGUAGGCUGAAGCCACAAGACACGGGGCCGGGGUGGGAGGUGGUUGGGACCCCGAGCCCGCCCCCACCAACCAAGUAAACAAUAACAAUAAAUAAUAAAGAUGGCAUUUGUUAAGCGC